GACCACAGAAGGUCCCUGCACUUCUUACCGGUCUGAUAUUGUCUGUCCACUCUUCAACUUGUGAGUCCCCAUCUCCAGAAGAACCUCCACAUUACAGAAACCAGGCCACCACUGCUUUAUUCGUUUGUGUGUCUCUGGACUAUCAGGAAGGUUGUUAAACAUGGCGACGUCACUCUAUUUAAUUGGUGGACAGGGUGGCUAUUCAUUUUCUUUGAAUGGCAUUGGCAAUGGUGCCACCCUCAAGAAGAUUGGAGUGGCAGUGGGCGGCUGGCAGAUCAAAGCCGUGCGGGCUGAACUGACCGACGGGCGUGUGCAGACCUUUGGAAAUGCGCACACUUUCAGUGAGUUUACGUUCAACCUUGGCGAGCGCAUCACCAAGCUGUCCCUGUGGGGGAAUGGAGCCGGGUCACGUCUAGGUGGCAUCAGGUUCUGGACGAGUUCUGGACGAGAGUUCUUCGCACACAUGACUGACUGGCCCCUGAAGACCGAGUACUCUAUAGAUGUUGGGUCUGGAAUCUGUCUGGGGUUGGAGGGGAGAGCUGGCUCAGACAUCGACUGUAUGGGGUUCCUCUUCAUCAAUGCCAUCAAGUCGUCUGUGCUAACCAACAUGACCUAUCCCAGCCUGGCCUUGUACACACCCCAGGUCAACAAAGAAUACAUCAAAUCGGUGUCUUACCACAACGACACCACUGAGGCUCAAGAGCAGAAAUGUACCUACAGCAGAUCUGUGACCAAGUCUCAAACCUGGAGCACCACCAAUAAGAUCGAGUCCACCGUCAGCAUGACCGUUUCAGCAGGGAUCCCGGAUCUGGUGGAGGUGUCCGGUGGGUUUAGCGUGACCGUGGGAGCUGAGACGACCUCCGCAAUGACCCAUGAAGAGACCAUAACAGAAUCAGAUGAGGUUAAUGUGAAGGUCCCGGCAAAAAAGACAGUGAGCGUUGAGUUGUCAGUGGGACGAGCAACCAUCGACCUCCCCUACUCGGCCACCGUGAAAAUCACAUGCCUGAAUGGCAGCCAGCUGGAAUUCGCAUCCACUGGCAACUACACCGGUGUGGCUUACACUGCAGUGAAUGUGAAAACCACUCAGUCUGACAAAGUCAUGAAUGUUGAAUAAGAUGCAUCAACAUCUUCCUGUGCACCGUUUUUACGUUGAUUUUGAACAUUGGUUUGAUUGCCAAUGCAUGAAUUGAUUAACGUGGACCCCGACUUAAACAAGUUGAAAAUAUUAUUCGGGUGUUACCAUUUAGUGGUCCAUUGUACGGAAUAUGUACUGCACUGUGCAAUCUACUAAUAAAAUUUCCAAUCAAUCAAUCAAUCAAUCAAUGCAAAGCCAUGUGAACUUGCUGUGUGAAUGACUGUCACAGAUAAAUAAAUCAUCACCAUAAAAGUUGAAAUUAUGGAUGCUCACACUGUGGUGGUUUUAUACUGCGUCUCCUUUGCAAUUUUUUUUUUAAAUUGUUCAAGGCGUCUAUGCUGCAACUUGUUAUUG